UUUUGUAAGUCUGUGGGUUGCUGGGUUUUGUAAGUCUGAGGGUUGCAGGUGGGGCGACGCCCUUCGUUUCCCCUGCUCACCUCCCCGAAAAUGACGGCUUCUCGCCGGCUGCGAGCGGCACCUCCUCGCCGUCCCUUCUCUUCUUGGAGCUCCGCUGGGAUCCUGUUGGUGACCCUAGCGGUCCGGUUUCCCGCACCCACCGAUGCCUGUGAUGAGAUACCAAGAUAUGACUCUAUGAAAGCCAAGGGUAAUCCUGUGCCCCCUGUAAGUGCUGGGUUCGCAGUAGACUAUGAGUGUCGCCCAGGAUACAGGCUUAUUGCUCCUCUUGUUCGUCUCACCACUACUGUUUGUCAGCCUGAUGGCACAUGGGCACCUCGUCUCCAGGAGGCCUGUACAAGAAGACAGUGUCCACAGCUAGCAGAGUUCCUACAUGGCCGCGUAGAAGGAAAUUUUCAGUUUGGUUCACAGGCUAACUAUUCUUGUGAUGAGGGGUAAGUAGAGGAAAUAAGUUAUUUUUGUU